CUCAACGUAGAGUCAUUUGUUCGACAAACGAAAGCUAAGACAGUGUACGUAUCGUGUCUUGUCAUAGCAUCGGCUCGGUGGAGUACAUUUAUCACAUUAGCUCUAGUUGAAUUGAAAAAUCUAGGUGUAAACAUUUUCCCUGAAAUAUUGCGCGCUAUCAUUUUUUUAUUGAAAAUGUAGGCACACGGAGCUACAUAUGGAAGCAGUACGAAGCACACAUAACAGCAAAUCCUUCGCAUUGAGAUGGUGUUGCUUUAAUAUAAUAUUUUAGUGUUGUUAGUGAAUAGUUAGAGUGCUAAAUGUGAAGCGUGUUACACGACUUACGGAAGAAAAUUCAUAAACAAUGGAAGAAAGUGUUACAAUGAAUAUGUGGCGGUACUUCCAUCAUUAUAAAUUAUUUAAUGAAAUCCUGUAUGAGUGGUGAUUGUGUAUAUUUACUAGACCAUGGUCUAGUAACGUCCUAUAUGUGAACAAAAUACGCACUCGCAAGUUUAGCACCAUGAUACUAUGGGAUGUAUGGAAGAAAUAUAUCAAUUUGCUUCAUGUGGUAACAAUGUGUGUCUACGUGCGUUUUACCGAAUAAAAAUCAAAAGUUCAUUAUCGAACCGCUUCAAACAACAAGGAAAUGUUCAACCAUACCCAAGCCCUUAAUUGGCUUCAUGAUUUUCAAAGUAAUCAAAUCGUUCACCAAAUAAUGGAAGUAUCUGUACCGCAAUUGUUAAGCGCUAUGCUCAAAUUAAAGACUAUCCAGAAAACGGUGAUUGACUGCCAAGAAAAAAAUCCUAAACAUCCAUAAUGAGUGAAACGGAACUGUGGAGCACAAACGGUGCACCAAAUAAUUUUUUUAAUGAAUGUGAUUUAAGAAGUGGAUGCCUGUGGCAGAACUUGAAAAAUAAUAAUAAGGAGUCAUAUUACAGGCUAUCUCCGAGCUUAUUUGGUUCAUAUUAUCUUCCUAUUUGUAAGUGUACAUAUUGGUAUGAUAUCAACAACAGCAUUGUUACUGCUGCAAAUGAUGGUAACAGUGCAAGUGAUAGGCUUAACAAUACCGUUAAAGAUUAUCAUAAGGAUAAAAAGAGUGAUAGUGGUUGCUAUGUAGCCAAUGAUAGUCGAUGGAGCAUUGUGCAAUCCUUUGCAAAUGAGUACCUGCCGGGUGCAAGGAAACAUAAUCGUUCUAGUUUGUGGAAACGGUGGCGCUGGAAAAAAAUGUCGUCAUUCGGAAAAGCACUUUUAAUCUAUUGCAUAUUCUCUAUAAGUAUCAACGUCACUGCAUCUCAAGACAUAGAUGCUUUACAGACUACAACCCGGUUAACUGCAUCGCAACCAAAUGAAGAUGCCUUCAUCAUGAGUCCUGGAGAAGUCUGUUCGAGCGUGGAUGUGCGGAACACUCCACUUCAUCUGGAUCGACUAAGAAACUGUCGGGUGGUUGAAGGAUUUGUGCAAAUUAUGCUUAUUGACAAAUAUGGCAACGACAGUUUUGAUAAUUACACUUUCCCACUGCUGACGGAAAUCACAGGCUAUCUGCUGUUAUUUCGUGUAAACGGUCUGCAAACUUUAGGGCAACUAUUCCCUAACCUUACUGUUAUUAGAGGAAGUGAACUGGCCAACAAUUAUGCUCUUGUAGUGUACGAGUUAAUGCACAUCAAGGAGUUGGGGCUAACUUCACUAAUAGACAUUCAACGUGGUGGCGUGCGCAUCGAGAAGAACCCUAAUUUAUGCCAUGCAGAUACGAUUGAUUGGAAAGCUAUAGCGCCUUAUGGCGAAAACUGGAUUAAAGGUAAUCAAGAUGGAAACGAAUGCACCACUUGCCCGAGUAACGUCACCGUUUCAUUACCAAGCGGUAUAACACAGACGAUUCGAUGUCCCUUGAGAGACGUAAACCGCCUCAUUCAUAACGAAAAAGCAAGCCAUCUGUGUUGGUCAACUAAUCACUGCCAGCAAAAAUGUCCGGCACAUUGUCCAAAGUCAUGCAAUAAAACAGGUGAAUGCUGUAGUACAUCCUGCCUUGGUCAAUGCAGCAUUGAAAACAAAUCACACUGUAUGGUGUGUCGAAAAUAUUAUUACAUUCACAACAACCAAACAAGAUGUGUAGACAAAUGCCCGGAUCACAUGUUUCUCUUCAGUGAAAGUCGAUGUUUAACGGAAGAAGAAUGUUACAAAAUAUAUAAACCCCUUCAGCGCAUAGCCGAUAUCACCGACAACUAUCCGUAUGUCCCUGCGCAGGGUGAAUGUAGACUUGAUUGUCCCUUAGGAUACACUCUGACACGCGCUACUGGAUCGCAACGUUUGGCGUGCGUUCCAUGUAAGGGCCCGUGUCGCAGCGAAUGCAAGGGAAUGGUCAUUGAGAGCAUAUCGCAAAUGCAACAAUUGCGCGGAUGUACGAUCAUUCAAGGAUCUCUUUCGAUUAGGCUGCGCCAACUUGGAGGAGAAAACGUUGUACGUGAAUUGGAGAAAGUACUUUACUCAAUCGAAGAGAUCUAUGGUUACCUAACCAUUGUUCGUUCAUACGCCCUAAUGUCGUUGGGAUUUUUUCGAAAUCUUAAGAUUAUUCAUGGAACCGUUUUAAACGCGAAUCUGUCUUUGAGUGUGAUCGACAACCAGAACCUUCAGGAGCUAUGGAAUCAAAAUGUUACCAUUAAACGUGGCAAUGUUCGUUUUAAUGACAACCCUAUGUUAUGUGUUAAGAAGAUUACUUCUCUGAAAAGUCAUUUUGAUGAAGGUGUAGGCAUUGAAAAUGAAGAACAGUUAAACAAAACCAAUGGAGUCCGAGUGGCGUGUGAAAUAAAGAAACUCAACACACACCCGACUAAAAUUUCGUUGGAAUUAGCUGUCAUUCAGUGGGAUGCAUUUAAGGACCUACCCGAUAUGAGACAGUUACUCGGCUAUGUUGUAUACUAUAUUGAAGCACCACACGAAAAUGUUACGUUUUACGAUGGACGAGAUGCCUGCAAUUCUCAGGGAUGGCGGGUCGACGACGUCGCAUACAUACAGGAAAAUGAUGAUGCGACCCAUAUUCUAACGAAAUUGCAAGCUUUUACACAAUAUGCAUAUUAUGUUAAAACGUACACGCUAUCUUCAGAGAAUUUAGGUGGGCAAACGGAUAUCACAUAUUUUCGAACAUCUCCUGGGACACCGAGAAUCGUUAAAGAUUUACACGUUUACAUAGAUAAUGACACACUGAUUGUAUCAUGGCAGGAGCCAACCAAAAUCAAUGGAAAACUAUCAGCUUACAGAAUCGGCGCUACACUAAAUGACGAGCGUAAUGAAAUGAUCAGACAAAGGAAUUAUUGCCACGAUGAAAUUGAAAAACCUUCGUCCAAGCCAAACAUUCCCGCAGAGAGCACAUCAAUUGCUACCACGGUAGUACCGGCCAAAGACAACCAAAAUCAAUGUUCCAAGGAGGAGUGUGAGGCUUUCUGCAAAACAUCAAGCAUUUCAGAGUCAGAUAGCGGUCCGAAAAUAGAUAUAAAUGAGGUGGAGAUGUCAAUAGGUUUCGAGGACUGGUUACAUAAUUAUGUGUAUAUCAAAAAUCCAAAGUCCAGUCGAAAACGAAGAGAAGAUGGUAGCAGCAGUGUUUCAAUUCCGGUUGGGAACAAUUCGUACAUAUUUCCAUCAAACACUGAGAAUGCACCCAAGCAAUCUUCGAGUUAUCCUAUCCGAAAAGAACCCAACGAAGAGUAUUACCGCAGUCUUGGAGCUACAACUAAUCAAACAAGAAUAACGUUUCCUCUGUCACAUUUUAAACAUUUCGCUCUUUACUCUUUCCGGGUACUCGCUUGUCGUGAACCGGCCGCCAAAGUUCCUGGUGUUGUGGUGCAAGAUAUGGCGGAUGCUUGUGGCCCAGAAGCGAUGUUUAUAUACCGCACACCAACUAAGCCUGAAGCGGACGAUAUUCCAAUAGAUUCUAUAGAACUAGACGAUCAGUCUAAUCAUACGCAACGGGUUAUUCGUGUACGAUGGAAAGGUCCCUCAAAGCCCAACGGAGUGUUAGUGUCUUACUCGAUUAAGUACCAUCGAACUGACCUAGACUCAGUUCAGCCCACCGUGCGCUGUGUGACAGUGGAUGUGCACACACUUCUUGGCUAUGCUUUACUGACAAAACUAGAGGCAGGCAACUAUAGUGUUCGCAUUAUGGCUACAACAACGGCAGGCAAUGGUCCAUAUUCUCCGCCAAAAUUUCUGUAUUUAGAAAAACGCGACACAGAUUCUACCGUUGUAACCUGGUGGGUAAUCACUGCGACAAUAGUAAUUAUUAUCGUUUUGGUCAUAGGUGUCGUCUACUAUUUGAAGCACAACUACAUACCGAUGUCGAACAUGCGGUUGUUUGCACAGGUCAAUCCCGACUAUGCCGGAGUAACCUACAAAGUAGACGAAUGGGAAGUUCCCCGCGAACACAUAAUCCAACUAGAAGAGCUUGGACAAGGCUCGUUUGGUAUGGUUUAUAAAGGAAUCAUGACCAAACUCGGGAACGAUGUUAAUGUACCUUGUGCCAUUAAGACAGUAACGGAAAACGCCACCGAGCGAGAGCGCGAUAGUUUUCUCAUUGAAGCAACAAUUAUGAAAGAGUUUCACACCCACCACGUUGUGCGUCUUUAUGGCGUUGUAUCUGUUGGUCAACCGACGCUUGUGAUAAUGGAGCUGAUGGCAAAUGGCGACUUGAAAAGCUAUCUCCGGCGUCAUCGGCCGGACUACGAAAAUGGAGAGGAGUCGUCCCCGCAACCUCCAACACUCAAACAGAUUUAUCAAAUGGCUAUAGAAAUUGCAGACGGUAUGGCAUACCUUGCAGCAAAAAAAUUUGUCCAUCGCGACUUAGCCGCUCGGAAUUGUAUGGUAGCCGAAGAUCUGACAGUAAAAAUAGGUGAUUUUGGCAUGACACGCGACAUAUACGAAACUGACUAUUAUAGAAAAGGAACAAAAGGUUUUUUGCCAGUAAGAUGGAUGGCUCCAGAAAGUUUAAAAGAUGGAAUGUUUUCGAGCAGCAGUGACGUAUUUAGCUAUGGCGUCGUUCUUUGGGAGAUGGCAACGCUAGCCUCCCAACCUUACCAGGGACUGACUAAUGACCAAGUAUUGCGGUACGUGAUUGACGGUGGAGUAAUGGAACGUCCAGAAAACUGCCCGGAUAAGCUUUAUGAACUAAUGCGAAUCUGUUGGCAACACCGAGCUUCGGCGAGACCUUCAUUUAUAGAUAUCAUUCGUAUGUUGUUACCCGAUGCUAACGAUAAUUUUAAAAGAGUGUCUUUCUUUUUCUCGCCGGAUGCUAUGGAUAAUUCUAUCCAGCCUGGAAAUGAAUUGUUAGAUGAUGUUACCGAACCGUUGCGUGCUAAUGACGACGGUUUCGAAGAAGAUGAGGAUGAUGCAUAUUCUAUCGAAUUGACGGACAGCCGAUUAAUGCACAAUAAUGGUCCUAAACCAGACAUUCGUUCACCCCAUUCACCUCAGAGGUGAGCAAACGCUCCAGGGUGCUCAGCAUUCAUAUGGUUUACGAAUAUUUAGCCAUGUUAAAAACAAACAAAACAUAUCGGCCAGCACCAGUCAGGAAAGCCGAAAAUGAAGGAAAUAACGAAAUGCGAUAACGAUGCAAGUUAUGGAAGGAGAUCGGUGGUAUUGAUUAAGCAAGUGGAAACACUUUUCUUUUUAACCAAACAUUACGCAAUGGUGCCAACAAGCAUCUCUUCGCGAGAGUCGCAUGCAACAUCGCUUAACAAUCUAUUAGACUGUAGCACAAACGCAUCUAAAUCGAUGCAUCGUAUCCAACAAUUGAGCUCUUGACAAAGGGUCUAAGAACAUUGUAACAGGUUAUAUUAUAGUUACAGAUUACAUUGCAUUCUCGUGAUCGAUCUUGUAUUCCUUCCCCACCAAUCCGUAUGAACACCUCAAACUAGUACGAAUUUUAGUAUAGCUAAGAGCAAACGGAGGAAUCACACUUCUAUGUAUUGGGCUGCUAGAAUUAGCGAUAUUUAUAUCCUUCGACCUGUCAAGGUAAAUUGUGAAAGGAGCGUCAUGUAGGUAACCAAUAGUCGGUGUGUCGAUCGCAAACAAAUGCCACUAUACUCUGUACCGAGAGUCCAAAAACCCCUUAAUCGUUGUCGCCGUGCCUUCUGGCAUGAUACAAUUAAAAGAUUAUAAAAUCUUUUGUUACCAGUGCGCCUGACGGAGGAAACUCGAUACAGGUUAACCUGGAUUCCAUGAAAAUCCGUCAAGAGCGGUUUAUAUUAAUAUUUUCAAUUAUAUAUCCUCGGCAUACGAAACAAAUUUUAAGAGAGACGGAAUUAUAUCGGGUAAUACAAUUUUUCGCUUAGAGCAUGUGAGUGCGAAAGUUAAAAAGUUUCUUUUCUAAUUUUUCCUCGCAUAAUGGUCCUGAAAAUUUUAAUUUUUUAAUAGAAACAAUGCAUAAUUAUUGAAAAUUACUUUCAAUUUUGUUUUACGUUUUCCACAUAUUUUUUCAGUAAUCAUUGCAAAGCGUACUAAAGAGCAGCUAUUAAGUUUAUCAAAAUAAAAGUGUAUUCACAGAAGAUAGCUUAAUCAGACAGGCUUUCUACUUAUAUUAUGUAACGCGUUAUGUAAAGUAACAAAUGAGAUGUUUCCCCAAAUUUAAUUAUCUUGCAACAUAGUUUCGGCGUUACAAAGUUUUUUUUUUCAAUGUUCUAUCUAAACUCUAGUACCUUUUUCAAUCGAAUCAAAUAGAGUACUCCGUAUGCCAAUUAUGAUAGACAAUCCUUAGUUAUAUUCUUGAGUCUUGUUUACCUGAUUUAUUCGCGAGCAUAUAGCAGCACAGUUAUAGCCAAGUUCAUACAAAACAUACAAAUUAGCACAAUAUUUUUCGCUUAAGUAUCAAAUAAUAUGAUAUAUACAUUAUUCGAGAGCAAGCAACCCCAUAGUAAUAAUGCACAUACGGUUUAAAUGUAAGAUAUAAUAACUAUAAUUUGAACUAAACAUCUUAACUACUAAGAACAGCUAAGGUAACGGUGCAUUCGAUUGAAACGUUGUAAAUAUAUGUAUCUGUCGGUAACAUUGGGGAAUUUCAGAUAAAUGCCAAUUACGGCAUUUAGAGGCUUGUAUAUGUUUACAGAUGACAUAAAUAAAAGAUCGAAAUACCUAGUUGAUAGCUACCAACAUAUGUCUGCAAUAGCUCGGGCAAGAUACAAAAGCAAGAUACAUUUUAAACUGACAACGAAUUUAUGUUAAGAAAAUUCUAGUAUUGAUUGUACCAUUUGAGAGUUGACAAUGAUUUUUUUUGGAGUCGGAGAAUUAAAUGCGAAUGACACCGAUUGUGUUUCGUAAAUUUUGUACGUCUUUAAAGUAAUAAAUAGUUUCGUACGGAAUGAAUGCAUGUUUAAACAAUGUAAAUAAACAGGAAGGACGACGAAGACAAGCAAAUAAAAACUAAAACAGGUA